AUGCCGCCUCGGUUGUUAGCUGAUUACAUUGUCGAAGACGGAAAUGUAGUGGACGUGGAAGGAGGACGUGCACCGUACGAGUCGGAUGCUCAGUUGGCCUACCUAGUUAAGUCUGGCUAUGCUGAUCUCGUGAUUACUGAAGAUUCGGAUCUUCUAUUGUUUGGCUGCAAACAGGUUAUUUUUAAACUCGACUUAACAGGAUCUGGAACUUUAAUUGCAUGGAGCGCAGGUAUUGGUGAGAAGUGUUGUGGCAUAGCGUCACAAGAAUUUUCACCUGCUAAUCUGCGUUUCAUGGGGAUACUUUCUGGAUGUGACUACUUUCCUGGCAUUCCCAGGAUUGGUCUUGCUACCGCUGCAAAAGUGAGUGUUUUGGCGCUUAAUCAACUUAAAUGCAGUUUUGAAGUGAUCCACUUUUCUUUUGAAUUUGGUUCUGUUUGGCGUUCUCCAUUACUAUGUAGAUAA